CAUGGCCGCGAGCCCCUCAGAGUGUUGCACACUCAAGAAGACGCUAAACAGAUUAAUAUCCAAAACGUCUGCGUCCACCAGAGCCCGAACCCACUCCGAACCACUAUACGUGAUCUCAUUGGAGCGCUAUGGCAGAGACACAGACUUUGGCUUCCGUUUUCCGGACAGUAUUUCUAUGUCAGAGAGUCUGUUUGAUGCCACUAUAACUGACGGAGACUGUAAGAUCCGCGUGUCUCUGGAUCCCUAUUUAAACAGACUCGUCAGUAGGAAUAAACUCCACUGCGGCUGCGUCAUACGGAAUGUGGAGUUCAGCCGCGGGGAGGACAGCGAUGGAGACGGAAGCGCGUUUCAUGUCUGUAGUCUGGAGGUGGACAGACUCUCCGGCGGUGAUGGGGCUCUUCGGGCGCUCUCAUCCGUUAACGUGAGGUCAAUUCCGUGGAUGAGAGCAGAACCGAGCUCAGGUCCGCUCAGAGCCCGGAGAAGCUCGUACCUGCAGCUGUGGAAUAAUCAGGAUUUUUAUGGGGAGAUGUGGCGGGACACGCCCCCCUCUGAACCCGGUUCAGAAGACUCUGAGGACGAAAUUAUAGAUACCCGAUCCACAGUUUCACUGGCAGAACUCCGAAGGCAUUUCUUGAGUGGAUCUCAUCGUUACCGGGGAGCUCUGUGUGUGCGGAUCCUUCACAAAUCCAGACUGAUGUAUUAUGGGAAAGCAGAUCAGAAAUGUGAAUGUCCCUAUAAGGCAGAGCUACAGGUCGGUGAUGGCUCAUCAAAUGCUUGUGUUGUGCUGUGGAACACACUCUGUUUGGACUGGUAUCGAAUCCUACAGCCAGGACAAGUUUUGAAAUUGUGUCGCUACAGAGUCAAGGAGAGUUACAGCAGCCGUACUGGGCAGGACUCAGACCCACACAUUGAGAUCAGUCUUAAUUCCAGGAACCCCACUGCUCAAAUUACCAUCAUCCCUAAGAGCCAGAUUUCUCCAGAUUGGGCCUUGCCUGACCUGCCUCAUAUGUUCAUCUGUGGGCAGGAGCUUCAUAAUUGUCCACAAGGCAACAUCUGUGAUGUCAUUGGUGUGGUGAUAUUUGUUGGCCGACCAGAACGUGUCAGAAAGAAGGAAGGGCAAAUGUCUGAGAUCGAGGAGUAUCGGUGGCUCCAACUGGAGGAUGGGACAUCAGACAAGCCAAUCAUGAUCAAGCUUUUCUCCACAUCACAGCCUGACAUUCAAAGCCGUAUCUAUCCAAUGGCACUAGUCGUCUGCACUAGACUAAAGCUUAUCAAAUGUACAGUUGACAGAGCUACAGCUUUUGAAUAUCUCACCAACACAUCACUGACCCAGGUGUACUGCACUGGCAUAGGAUCUCAACCUGUGAUGCCAUACAGAGGGCUACGCCCAAUCCGGCAGUUCCUCCAAUGGCUAAAGCAGGUAGAUGAGAGCAGCAUGUUGGAAAAGGCUGUGUUUGGAGGAUAUUUUAGCUACCCACCACUACCUGUUUCACUGAAUAGUUUCAUGGAAAACAGACAAGGGGGAGCUGGUCUCAUCAGUGGAGGGGAGAUGAAAUUAGAGUGUGAGAGGUUAAAUUACAGAGAAAGGCAGCAAUUCGCUGUUCAGUGUAUCAUCACCGCAGCCUGCUACCACCACAGAGAGGAUAGUGGGCGAACACAGUAUUCAGAUCUUCCAUCUGCUUCACUCAGCCCUAGAGUGCCACGGCAAAGAGAGGGUCCUGAACCUCACAGGACACCUGUAAAGAGAAAACUUUUCAGCAGUGCCACCCCUAGAAAGAGGUUGGCGCCACCUCUUCAGCCGACUGCUACAGAGGACGAUGUAGAAAGGGAUUUUUGUCUGUUUGAUGGAGCCAUGGAGUUUCUGGUUGGAGAACAUGACGAUGAUAGUAAUGAUGAUGAUGAUGAUGAUGAAGAAGACUUCUCAACGCCGCCCACUAGUCCCAUGACCUCACGUCUGGGACUGACACGUGUUGCCAUUGAAACAUUGCCGCGUGUUUUUUGUUAUGAGCGACGGCAUGUUCAGGCUGUUGCCGUAGGUAUGCAAGUUAACAGCUUCCACAAGCUUCUUCCACAAAGAGAGUUGGAGUCUUUUAGCCCCGCCUCCUGCUUUACUGGCUACUUCACACUAACAAUGAGAGCUCUGUCAGAUGGAGUGAUUCUUGAUGUUGUUUUUCUGCCUGCUGCCCCUGGAAAUUUACACUGGAUGCCCCUCCCCCUCACACAUGAUAACUCCUGGGAGUCUGUCCUAUCACAUGGAGGGUUUUCUCCACAUGCUCUGCCCCCAAGCCCCGCUGACCUGAUCGCCACAGCAAGUCAGUUGACCAAUCAAAGACUUGUGUGUGUGUUAGAGGCAUGUGCACUAGGUGGAGAGAAGGUGGAACUGGUACUAAACCGUGCAUUUCCUUUACGCUAAUAGAGGAACACUAUGUAAAUGGAAGG